AUGGCCAAUGCUGAGGGAGCGGAUCAGGCAGGUCUGUCGGACUUGGAGAUCAUCUCUCAGCCGGUGGAGGAUGAGAACCGGUGCCUGGCUCCUCCGGUCCAGCUGGUGAGCUUUGGCUACAGAGAUCUUCCCCUCGCUGCUCUGGACCUCUCGCUGGCCGGAUCACAGCUCCUCUCCAACGCAGAUGAGGACGAAAACAGAGAUGGGUCCAACUGGCUGAAGCCCUGCUGCGGUCGACGCGUGGCUCUGUGGCAAGUCUGUCUGCUCAGCGCCGGCUUCAACUGUGUCCUGGUGGCCUGUGUCAUCCUGUUGGUGCUGUUCCUGUCCCUGGAGCUGCUCAUAGACACCAAACUCCUACAAUUUUCCAAUGCUUUCCAGUUUGCCAGCAUUAUCCACUGGAUCAGCCUUAUCAUCCUGUCACUCUUCUUUUCAGAGACUGUCUUCAGAAUAGUCGUGCUCGGGAUCUGGGACUACAUAGAAAACAAAGUCGAGGUGUUUGAUGGUGCUGUCAUCGUGCUGUCACUGGCCCCCAUGGUGGCCUCAACGGUGGCCAAUGGGCCCAGCAGCCCCUGGGAUGCCAUCAGCCUCAUCAUCACCCUACGCAUCUGGAGGGUCAAGAGGAUCAUUGAUGCAUAUGUGCUACAAGUGAAAGUGGAGAUGGAGCUGGAGUUUCAGCAGUGUGAGAAGACCAAGGCCAUGAGAGAGGAGCAGCUGGAGCGUCUCACUCAGAUCUGCCAGGAACAGGCUUUUGAGAUCAGGCAGCUCAGGGCCCACCUGGCCCAGCAGGACCUGGACCUUGCAGUAGAACGUGAAGCAGCCAUGCAAAUCCACCACGUCUGGGGCAAACAGGGCAGGAGUUUUCAGGUUGUGGAAGGCUUGACUCCCGGGGAGUCGGAUGAUGAGGGCGGCCAGAGAAACCCCAGGGAGCCCAACGUCACUGCAGAUCCAGUUGGACACGAUGACAUGAACAACUACAUCAGCCAAUACUACACUGAAGCAAGCAGUGAUGCUGGGGCUUCUGCCCUUGGCACUCGGAUCAUCACCAUGGCAGCGAUUGACGUCCACCUCCCAACCCACACAACUCCUGUUCUAUCCAACCCCAUGCAUGCUGUGGAGCGGGUGGGCAGCGCAGUAAGUGUCGCCUCCACCAGCUUAUUACAGUCCAGUGGCAGCCUGACGGCCCGGCCCCGCAGCCUGAGUAGCCACAGCCCGGCCUCAUCUCUGACAGACUGCAGCAGCAGUAUGGCUCAGGACCUCAGUCUGAACUACAGCUCUCAUCGCUGCUGCCCUCCUUCCUUCUCAGGCCAAGACCCAAGGGACCCCAGCAUGAUGGUGCAGGAACUACUCUCCUCCCUCUCUGAGGACCCCUGCCUCGCCCAAAAGGGUCUGGUGGUGGACCCUGUCAACCUUAAGCUUCCCAGCCCUACGGGCUCAGAAAAGACCAGUCCCGAGCUGGACAACAGGAUAAACAUGUUCAACCGCAGGAACCAGGAGGAGUGGCGGGGCCGGGGAAGGGGGUGCGUGCUGUUGCAGACCAGGCCACUGAUCCACCUGCAGGGCGGCACCACUGAGCGAUCCCUGGAGGAGAAGUACCGGCUCCUGGGACCAGCUGACACACCUCUGGGUCACAUGUCUGACACAUAA